AUGACUACCGACGCCGACGAAGCGCAGCGACGACGUGAAGAAUGCGAACGCAAAGCUCGACGUGGGGAGAUGGACCCCCGUUUGGAGUUCACUUUCCAACUGCUCAUCGACGCAACGCAGUUGCCAAGGCAUCAACUUAUGGAUUACAUAUUCGAGGGAGAUAUGGUGGGUAACGAACUAAGAAAAGUGUUGGAUGAAAUCAAUCAACUUUUUUUGCCCAACAUGAAAAACAAACUUCUAUGGUUUUAUCAAGAAGUCGAUGAGCCCGAACCGCAAGCUGUGCAGGAUCCCAACAAACCAGGACCAUCACGGAGUGGCAUCGCAUCGAGUAGCUCAAAGACUCCGCAGGGUACCUCGCCUAGCGGAUCUGCGCCGUCAAAACCAAAGAAAUUGUUUCUCACAGAUGGAUGGAGUUGUGCUUUCACCGGGAUUUGCAUUUACAUAUUUCGCGUAAACACUUCAAAACAAUUGCCCGAAGAAGGCUUCCAAAAGGAUCUAUACUGCGGUGUUAUUGAUGCCAAAAACAUCGGUCUGGUCACCUCGAUUGAGCGCAUCGUCGAAUAUGUCUUCAUGCAGGCAUUGGCUUUUCCCAGCUUGGAAGGCGAUGAAGAGGAUGUUAGCUGCGGUCUGAUAAAAGGACAAUUGCUGCCGGGCCUAAGGUCCUUCUGCAGUGCUCUGCGUGUUUGUGAGCAAGUGUGCGAUCAUGUGAAUAUAUUCGACGAUAAAUGUGAUAUGUUUGAGAAGAUCGAACACGUUGAGGAGGUCAAGGAUAUGGCAAAGAAUCAGGAGUUUUGUGGGCAGCUGGAAGAGCGUGUAAAUAACUGGAUAAAGGGUAUCAUGAAGAUACUAGGUGAGAGUGAACAGUUACGCAAGGAGAAUGACUCGAGCGGCCCGCAGGAUGAGUUGGAGUACUGGAAGAAGCGUGGUGCGUUAUUUUCGCAACUGUUGGCACAUUUGCAGGACCGUGAGGUGCAAUAUACGUUGCACUGCCUCUUUUUGGCUGGAUCGCGGGUUAUGCGCGUGUGGAAAGAGACCGAUCGAAAGAUAACAUUUUGCUAUAAUGAAGCGCGUGAUAAUUCGAAAUUCAUUCAGGCUAUGGAAACUUGCUGCCACUCUUUGUAUUUGGACGAUCCGGUAUGCAUGAAACAAUCGAUACUCAGCUUACUCCAAACUGUGCGACUCAUCUACAGCGUUUCUCAAUUUUACAACACUUCCGAGAGAACCUCAUCACUUAUGGUUAAGGUUCGUGUUUUAUAUUUUAUUUUCAUUAAAAACUAACUAGUACUGUAAUUAAUCUAUUGGAA